CAUCGCCGCGAGCGCCUGCGCCAUCAUCCCUGAUCCCAGGAUUGGGCUGACCGUAGAGGGCUGGCGCGACGCCGAGGAAUGAGGUCUCCGGAUCCGGGAGCUCGUCGCUGGCGAUGACGCCGAGGAAUGAGGCCCUACCGAAGGCCUCGGAAAGGAUAAUAUAACUAAAGAUAUGCUCGGUGCCUGGUUCACGCGGAGGUUCCUCCACCACCUGUUUUUGGCUCGAGGAGCUCACGUGCAUGGUCUUGGGUACCACAGAACACAAAGGUACAAAGAAGCAGACAGCCUCUGUUCUUACUACAUGAAGCAAGAGCUAGCGAUGAAAAGGAAACGCAACGAUCUCGAUUUCUCACCAUUAAUUGCUCUAUUUAUGCAAAGUGAAUUGGGGGAAUGCUCAGUGUCACCUGCUCCCACAUCACAUCUCUCCCGAGUUGUCACAGCACUUGGAAAAAGGAGGAGUAUACUCAGAAGAUAAGAGAUCUAGGAGCAGUAAAGCAAAUCCAACUUGAUGAAAUCCUCGUGAAUCAACAUAGCAGUUGCAGGGAAUGAGAGCUGAUUGGGGAAUUCAGUUGGCUGCUUGAAGUUAAAGGUUUGCUGGGUUUGAGUAGGGAGAUUGGCGAGCAAUACGGCAAUGCCAGUCCCUCUUGCUCCUUAUCCCACUCCACUUCCACCUGCACCCCCAAGCGGUGGUCAGAGCCAACUUGUUUGUUCGGGCUGCCGAAAUCUGCUUCUCUAUCCAGUAGGAGCAACAACAGUAUGUUGUGCUGUUUGCAGUGCAGUGACAACCGUUCCACCUCUCGGAACAGAAAUGGCACAACUAAUUUGUGGAGGAUGUCACACUCUGUUGAUGUACAUAAGGGGAGCCAGUAGCGUCCAGUGUUCUUGUUGUCACACGGUCAAUCUGGCUCUGGAAGCAAAUCAGGUAGCUCAUGUGAAUUGUGGGAACUGCCAUAUGCUGCUCAUGUAUCAAUAUGGAGCAAGAUCAGUGAAAUGUGCAGUCUGCAACUUUGUCACUUCGAUUGGUGCUUCGCCAAGCACUGAGCAAAAGGCCUAGCUAGUAAGAGAUCCUCCUCAAUCUCUUUGCAAGAAAAUGUUGAGUAUCGAUCUUCUUUUCCACUGAUUGUAUAGAGCCUUCUUCCUUGGCGAAUCCAAUUCUCAAGACAUCCUUCAAAUACAAGAAGAUCCGAGGAUGUCUAUUUGGUGAAGAUUAUUGUAUAAAUAAAUGUUAUAACUAGAGUUGCAUGGAUGGUAUUGUCUAUAGCUUAUGCCAAGUGCUCAUGAUUGUUCACUUAAUCAGCAGUUCUAAUGCAGACCUUUUUCAUGUGUCAAAACAUUCGACCUUUCAUUGUUUUUUUAUUCAA